UUGCUGGGCAACGACAGUCUUGCCAACCGCCCAGGAGGUGGAGGGAUGUUAAACCUUGGGGCUCCUCCGUGGGCGCAUUCUGGCGAGAUUCCGAGACUUGCACUAGGACUGGCAGUAGCUAAGCCUGGGGGCGGGGUUGCUGUGAGCACUGCGACUGCUCAUGGGAGGAGUGAGGCAAUACAAACAGGAGUCUAGGGCAGAGAACCGCAGUCUGAGCCAUGAAGAGGAUCUUCAAGGGCCACUCGCCCUGGGGCUUCCUGAGCUUUAGGCACGAGAACCAAGAACCGUCCUGGUACCUCACUGGGUACACGCCUGUGAAAAAGAUCCACAAAGCGGCAAGCAUGGGGGACAUAGCCCAAGUGCAAAGGAUGCUCGAGUUUGGGGAUGUUGAUGUCAACAUUACAGACCGGAAGAAGAGGACGGCUCUGCAUUACGCCUGUGCUCAUGGCCAGUCGGAAAUGGUGACCCUCUUGCUAUGGUAUGCCUGCAACAUUGAAGCCCGAGACCGUGAAGAAAGCACAGCUCUGAUCAAGGCAACACAGCGCCAGCAUGAGGAGUGUGUAAAGAUUCUACUGGAGAAUGGUGCGGACCCAAACCCUGUUGACAUAAAUCAAAGCACUGCUCUCCACUAUGCAGUCUACAACAACACGACCUCCAUAGCUGCCAGACUUCUGGCAUUCAAUGCGGACACUGAAACGAAGACAAAGAAUGGCUACACACCGCUUAUACUCGCCGUGCUAGAAAACAAGCAGGAAAUGGUGGAGCUGCUGUUACAGGCUGCGGCCAAUAUCAAUGCCCUGGAUAACUGCAAGAGGUCUGCCCUCAUACAUGCUAUGAGAGCUCAGUCUAAAAAUAUCAUCAGCCUUCUUCUCCAGCAAGGUGCUGAUGCAUCUUUGAUGGAUGUCUACGGAGCAACCGCACAAAGUCACACUGGUUUUGAAGCCUUUCAAGAGCUUUCCAAAGGCUCCGUUUCCAAGCAUCUUGAGCCUACAACAGGAGAGGACGGACAUAAUUUUGGUAUCAAGGAUGACUGCACACCAUGUACAUACCCCACCCAGGACAGCAAGGAAAGGAUGGCACAAUUGCCAGCAAAGGAAGAGGAAAACACAGACGCAGCUGACAAGCUGGGGAGCCUCGCCCACAAACUUAGAAAUCCCAAGCCCACAACAGAAGAAGAUGAACAUAGCUUCAACUCCAAGAGUCCUGAGGUCCAGUCACCCAUGCUCACUGAAUCCAGCCUCUGGAUUGGGUAUCCUGCAGAUUGGCCGGAACCUGUUAGGUUCUCCAGGCAACCAGCAGUCUACAACCCAACAGAAUGGAGGGAAGAUAUGGAAUCACGGUCUGUUGCUCUACAGGAAAACCAACACCCAGCAUCAGGCUUGUCGGGAAAGGAGGAAAACUCACAGACACAGGAACAGCCAGCCAGGGUUUCCAAGGAACCUGGUGCUAAUGAUUGUGAUCCUACAGAGAAAGAGAAUGCUGAGGACAAGGAUGAGUUAGAGAAACAUCCCUUGGCGCAGGGAGCAUCCCAGCAUCAAGUCAAGCAAACGAACUCUCCACGUUUACAACUCCAAGAGCAAGUUCAGGAGCCAGAGAUGAACAAGCCUUCUGAUGGAGAAGAUACGUCCGGGCAUUCAAGAUCUGCAAAGGGUCCAGUGCUCAGGGGAGCGUUGAUAGAAGGAGACACACCGGAGCGUAAAGACGCUCUACGACUUGCUGUAAACCAGCUAAACCAGAAGGUCGGUGAGAUUUGUGAACCUGUCAAAAGUAAUGUUCGCCACGAGGAAGAGCCAUCACGUGACGACUGUUCAGGAACACCACCCGUCAAGUCGGCCUCCCCUAAACUGGCUGGUGAUAAGCUCAAUUGUGAGGACGGAUAUGGAGCUGCCGCCCUGGUGUCUGAGGCACUGCAGACCUUUCCCGGGCAGAAGGAAGGUGGCCUUGGAAACGUCUUUCCAUCUCCCUCAUCGUCUCAGGUCGUGGAAAACAGUGGCCAGUCAACUACUAAAUUUCCCUUAAUGAAAACUAAAUUAGACUGUGAAAAUAACAAGUUUGAAAUAAAAGAAUCCCUUCAUAAAUGCAAGGAGAAAUCUUCUAAAAAUAUAGAAAGUAGAAAGGUAAGAGGUAAAUGCCCAGAAGUAUGUAUGGGUGAAAAGCAAGAAGGCUGUGAGUUCAGGAACAAGUUGCAAAAAACUAUGAAACCAAAAUGCAGGGACUGUCAGUUAGAUAUCAGACACAUGCCGAAGUCCAGUGAAUCAAAAGGGCUCUCAGAUUCCCAAGAAAGGAGUCACGUGAGCGAAUUAAAAAGCUGGGGUGAUUCUACCCUUUACGACACUUACAAGAAAAGUAAGAGCACAGGGAAGCCACUCCACAGCAAGCGCGAAGCCCGGGUGCACACGGCAGGAACCGUCAGAGCCAAGCCGCCUGGUGGCAGGACAGUAAGCGCUUUGGCGGAUGAAGAUUCUCAGGACAGGCUGCCCAACAAAGAGUUCCGCAUAGUGGAGGAAGAGAUCCUUGCCUGGGAGAAAGUCCACCUUGAAAACGAGGACAAAGUCCUCUCAAAGACAUGCCCCCAAACACAAAACGCAUCUGCAGGUCCAGCCAGGCCAACGCCCCCUCAGUCUCAGAAGGAAAGCACACAAAUCCACCCUCCGCCUUUGCAUCUGGAGAAAAUGUCUGAAGACCGCAAAAUAAACAAGAAAUGUGAUGGAGAGUGCGCACCUGUACUCCCAGAGGCUUCUUCAGUGAAAGCCUAUGAGAAAGCGACUCUCACUGGAGACCUGGCAGGGAACUAUCGGGAGCCAGACAAACGCAGCUGUGAGUUACAGCCCACAGCUGGGCAUGUGUUUGAAAACUUCUGCUCUGACGAAGAACCACUUCCGGGUAGCCAUAGAGGAAGAACUCAGUUCAAGGUUGAAGAAAUGAGCAAGAAGUGGCCGAGUCUGGAAGUGGAAGUCUCAGAGAAGCCGCGUCUUGUGGGCACUGGCUCUAAAGACAGUGCGCUGCUUGUCGAAAGGACAGGGGGGAAGGACCAAGAAGCUGCUCCCUACUGGCUGACAAAGAGACAAGCUGCAGAAAAGCACAAGAUGGAAACCCAAGUAAAUCAAGUAAAUGAAAUGGAAGAAGCCAACAGCCAAAUUCAGCCUUCUGCAACAGCCUCUGGCAAUGAUUCUGAUAGCCUGUUAAAACUCUGGCAUAUGAUUCAUUCAAAUGAAAGACAAGUGGAGCUUAAAAACAGUCACUACGAACUACUAAGAAAACUUGAAAACAUGGAAAAUAUGGCUAGUGAAGUUCAGAGAGAACAGAUGGAAAUUAAGAAAAUAAAAUCCUGGUUACAGCAUAAAGGAGUGAACUGGGAAGAAGUCUGCACUUUGAGUGAGACACAAGAAAAUGCUGAGUCUAUGUUUCAACAAGAGAAGACGCAGCUGAGCAGGAUAAAGGAACCACGUGAUAAAAAUGCAGAAUGGACUCAACACCCGGAAACCAGGAUGGUGAUUACAGACAUAAAGGCCGCAGAAACUGGCUUGAGACAGUUGCAAGGACCACAGGGUCAAUGCUCACAGACAGUAUGGAGUUCUGAGAAGACACAAGCUAUCUUACAAAGGCUUGAAGUUCGAAUUUCCAAAUUAAAAAUCACACUGAAAGAGCGAUCAGCAAUAAUUGAGCAGAUUCAGAACCAACUGCUGCAUGGAGGUUUGCUUGGAGAUGAAAUGGAAGAACUCAUUCAGCAAGCACAAUCUCUAGAAUGUACUUUGGAAAAACAGAUGGAUAAAAAUGAGAACUUAAUGACAGAACUAGCUGGAUUUAAGAAGUUCUUUGAGGAGACAAAAAAGAAGUUAAAUAAGCUUGAAGGCACUGGAGAUUUAAAAACCAGCCUAGUUGAUAUGCAUAUUCCAAGUAGUACACUAAGGCAUGAGUUAUACAAGCUGAAAGAAAACUGGGAAACUACAUAUUACAAAUAUCUACACAUGGUUGUAAAACUUCAGAUUAUGGAGCAAGAGCUAAUAGCAAUAAAGACAGAACAAAGGAAGAGUGGAUGCCUCCUGGAGGACCACCAGAGCUUACAAGUUCUUCCCGGCAGAAGCUGGGCACCAGAGCUCGCGACCCAAGCAAGAGAUCAAAACAACACUGAGGACUUAAGAGACACUAAUGGAGUUGUGACAUUAGACCAGAUGGAACUCAGAAUUAAAAACUUGGAAUCUCUCCAUGAAGGAGGGGUACGAGAGCCUGAGCACCACUAUGCCGAAGAGAGCGGCAUGAUUCCGCCGUUGAGAACAGAGCUGGGCGAGCAAGCCAAAUGGAGCCCCCGGAAAUAGCAGACGACAGACUCGGAGUCAGAAAAUGAGUGUGCACUUGAACACACUCAGGGAGGCUCUUGCUUCUUCCCCUUUUACGUUAGAUCUCUGUGGCCUUUGCCCCCUAAUGCUCUCAUGUAGCUAACGUGAUUCAUUAGUCUUUUAGAUUAGUAUUCUAAAGCUCUAAAUCAGGCAUUUAUAUUCUUAUUAAACUACUUUGU